GCCAAAAUAUUUCGUUCACAUGAUAAUACAACUAUAGGUCAAGGGAAAAUUACAUCCGGGGUAAGUAGUUAGGUCAGCGUGGAUCAUACUUUAUAGUCAGGAUCAGUAACAUGUUAUUACGAAGAGUGUUACAGAGUGGUGUGUCUGCACUGAAGGGCAAACGUAUUCAUCAGAGCGCGGCAUGGAGACACCCUCUCAUACCCAUCGUUGUUGAACAGACGGGACGUGGGGAGCGAGCUUAUGACAUUUACUCCAGGCUAUUGAGGGAGAGAAUCAUCUGUGUUAUGGGUCCUAUUGAUGACUCCGUGGCAAGUCUGGUGAUUGCCCAACUUCUGUUCCUGCAGUCAGAGAGCAACAACAAACCCAUUCACAUGUACAUCAACAGUCCUGGUGGCGUGGUUACUGCUGGGCUGGCUAUCUAUGACACUAUGCAAUAUAUCCUCAACCCAAUCUCUACAUGGUGUGUGGGCCAGGCAGCCAGCAUGGGCAGUUUGCUGUUAGCUGCUGGCACAGCUGGUAUGAGGCACUCCCUCCCCAAUGCACGCAUCAUGGUGCACCAGCUUUCGGGAGGCGCCAGGGGCCAGGCGACGGACAUCGCUAUCCAGGCCGAGGAGAUUCUCAAACUGAAAAGACAGAUUAACAACAUCUAUUGUAAACAUACAGGCCAGCCUCUGGAAACCAUAGAGAGUGUAAUGGAGCGGGACAGAUACAUGAGCCCCAUGGAAGCUCAAGACUUUGGGAUUAUAGACAAGGUGCUGGUCCACCCUCCCCAGGCUGGCCAGGAUGAGCCAGAGCUGGUCCAGAAGGAGCCUGCAGCUUCUGCCAACCCAUCAACUACCUCUGAACCAGGAGCCUCGGAGUUAGCACAAUCUGGGGCUAGCCCUCCCUCCUCUUGUAAACCAGAACCCUGAGCUGGACACAUGGAAGGAGGGUCAAUAACAACCCUAGCUACUCUUAGGGGGGAUGUUCAAGAGGAAGACUACCGCUUUCCUUUUAUAUUCCAAUCUGGGCUUUUGUUUUUCACACUUGUAAUGAAAGUCCAUGCAGAGCAAAUCUGGUUAUGGGACAGUGAAGACUGGCAAUGUGAAGUGAACAACUAACAGAAAAAGUGACUGUAUCAACCUUAUUUGUGUUCUAUAAACUAAUUAAGUUCCUUAUCAUAAUCUGAAAAAAAAAUAAAUAUUGAUGUUUACAGUAUUUCAUUUUUUUCAAAAUUUAAUUUAUAAAUAUUUUACCAGUCUCACCCACAGUAUAAGGCAGCAUAAUUAUGUUUGAUUAUUACAUAGACAAUUUUUUUUAUAUAUCUUGCUGGGUUAGGUAACUAAAUUCUACAAAUGUGCCUAUUUAUUUUUAUCCAUUGAAACACUGUAAACCAAGGAAAUGUUUUGAGAUUAAAUGUACAUAAAUGUAUACAAUCAAUACCAAUAUUGUCCCCAACAUGAAAUAUGAAGCACAAAUAAGUACAUAAAAUAUUUUAUACAUUUUUUUAGGGGUCAUUUCAGGAAAAAAGUUCAGAUACUUAUGUAUUCAGUGUAUGUAUAUAAAUAUAUCACAGCAAAAAAAAAAUGCAAUAGUUCUCUAACAACAACCAUAAUGAUGUAAUUAUGUUAAUAUAAAAAAACCUUUCAAACUAA